CGUUGCAUAUAUAAAGAUUGACGCACGAUAAUUCCAGCACAAACUCAAUCUGACAGUGUAUAGUGAACAUCAUUACACUAUGCACAAUGGUGUUUUUGGUGAUCUUAGCAGCAAGUUUUGCGUUAUCAAAUGCAGCUUCGUGUGGCUUCAACCAAGCAGCACCAAGACCUGAUGCAAUUACUUGUAAUUCAGCCACAAGUGCAAGCAUGGGUAAAAACACCAAGGUUAAUGAUAAACAUGGUCCAUUCGAAUCGAUUAUGGACCUUGACAUGACUAACUUUACUGGCACUUUGGACGAAACCACUCUGUCCAUGUAUCCCAAUUUGAAAACAUUGACUAUUCAAAAUUCGAACUUCCCUAAAAUAAGCAGUUCCAUGUUUGAGAAGUGCUGCAAAGGAUUGAAGAAGUUGUCCGUUAGGGGUAACAUGGAAACCAUCAUCGAACCGGGUAGUUUCAAAGACUUGAAACAACUGGAGGAGCUCAACAUUAACAAUAAGAUCACGAAACUGUCCAAAGAUUUAUUGGAAGGAUUGGUAGCGUUGCGAACAUUAACUCUAAAGAAGACCAAAAUCGAUGAAAUCGACGAAAACGUCUUUGAAGAUUUGAAGACUUUGGAGAACUUGGAAAUUUACGAUAACACAUUUUCACAAAUUAAACCGAAAACAUUCAUCCCUUUGAUUGAGCUGAAGAAGCUGUCGAUUUUACACAAUCCUAAUUUGAAGGUGUUUUCGUUGGACUUAUUAAAGUCGCAGCAAAAACUGGAGCAUUUGGGUUUGCCCGCUGAAAUCCUGAAUGAAGUGGACAUAUCUAUAUUGAAAACGCACUUCCCAGCUCUCAAAAAACUUGAAGUGCCCGUUGAUGACAAAGAUAAUUACGAAAACUUCUUAGAGAAGGCCAAGAAAGAACAGCUGAUCGUUAACUUUAUUGAUGCAUAGUUCACACUUUCAUUAAUUUAGUUCUGUAAAUUAUAUUUGACUCAAAUAAAUGUUAUUCGAAAACAA